AUGGCAACACAACUCGUCCAGCUCCCAGAAGUGGAGCGCCUCAGCGCCUCCGUCGUGAGAAUCCUAGGCGGAAAUCCGGGAAAGUUCACCCUUCAGGGCACAAAUACAUACCUAAUUGGCCGCGGGCCGCACAGAAUCCUCCUAGAUACAGGCGAAGGCAAGCCAGCCUGGGCAACGAAUCUGCAAUCCGUGCUACAAGAGGAAAAAGCCACAGUGCACCAAGCCAUCCUCACCCACUGGCACGGCGACCACGUAAACGGCAUCCCGGAUCUCCAGAAGCUCUGCCCCAAAGCCCAAAUCUUCAAACACCAGCCCGAGCCGACGCAGAAUGAUAUCCACGACGGCCAGAUUUUUGCCGUCGAGGGCGCUACAUUAACGGCGUUCCAUACGCCCGGCCAUACGGUUGACCACAUGGUUUUCCUGCUCGAGGAGGAAAAUGCUAUGUUUACGGGUGAUAGUAAGUAUAUGUACACCCAGCUCAGCAUACAUAUGUAUGCCAAGAGACUAUGCAAGCGAUCUAAAUCUAAAUCUAACGAUAACGGAACAGACGUCCUCGGCCACGGCACCGCCGUCUUCGAAGAUCUCAAAACCUAUCUGAACAGUCUGCACCGCAUGCGCGACCGCGCCACGGGCCGCGGAUACCCCGGGCACGGGGCGGUGAUUGAGAAUGCAGGCGCUCGGAUCACAGAGUAUAUCCAGCACCGACAGCAGCGGGAAGAGGAGGUGUUGCGGGUUCUGCAGGAUGGGAAGAAGGAAGGGGAAGAGGGGGGUGGGAAGUGGACUUCUAUGGAGCUCGUGAAGAGGAUUUAUAAGGAUGUGCCGGAGUCAUUGCAUUUGCCCGCUGAACGGGGAGUUUUGCAGGUUUUGGGGAAAUUGGAGGGGGAGGGGAGGGUUAGAGGGGAAGGGGGUGGUGGGUGA